UUCAGACCGGGGUUGGCACAUCCCCGACAAAAACACUCCAUCUCGGACUCGCGCUCCGGAACGAGGGCUACCAGAUACCGUCCAGGGCUCUAUUCUGACCGUCUACCUCACCCGGACACUGUAAACUCGAAAUGUGUAUUAUUUGGAUUUGGAAAUGCGAUUCUGUGGCCACUCACGACUUAUACAAUCUGCUAAAUCUCCAGAGAGGCACCAACAAAAUGCAAGGAUACUUCACGUGCUGAAGAAAGAACCGUUGUUGAACUUUCCUUCCGAGCAAUUCUGAGUCAUACCUGUCAAAUAAUGCACUGGCGCUAAAUUAAGUUGUCAAAAACUCCUGUUGACUUGAGGUUUGGCUUUUUUUUUUCUUCUGUCGUCUCCGGUUUGGAAGCAUAAUCUUCAAUGUCUAUUGUAAGAUAAACAAUGCUGGUACUGCUAUUGAGAUUAGCGUGCUUUUCGCUUUGGAGCAAGGAUGUGUUUAGUCACAUACAGAACCAGAAGGAAAAUACAAAUGUUCCUUCUACCCAGUAUGCUUCAUAUAACGGGCAUGUUAUCCAUACCAGUGGUAGCCAGAAAUGGCACUCAGCGUACGAAAGGGUGGUCAACCAAAUGGACAAUAAAAGGGGUGAAACCUCCCGGCUAUCAUCAUGGGAUUCGUUUAGGACAUUAGUGGAUAACAUGAAUGUGAAACAUGGUAACAGAACUCUGGUGCGCAAAAUCUAUUCCUCAAAUGGAACCCAAACAUUUAGGUUAACUAAGGAUGGAGAGACACAUCGGCGCACGGAAAAAAAGUUGUCCACUACGAAGCCAUCGGCUGUGGAAAGACGAGAUGGUGUUUACAGUCAUACAAAGCUCUUACUAAGACAUAAGCGCGGAGAACACCACCAUAACGCGCCCACACGGAUCUUCAGACACAAAAGAGGGGCUGUUGCCGGUCAAAGGAGAAAUGUAAAAGAUGGCAAUAAAAAAUACAACAAUUUCAGUUACGCAAAUCCGGUAUCUAAUGCGUCUUUGGAUGCACCGCUGGCCAUAUGGGAACCACUGCCUAAACCUAUGGCCCAGAACCAGUCAACAGACAUUCCAUUUGGUGCCAGUGAUAAUGAAUUGUUCACUUUGCCAGACCUGCAGGACUAUACCCCACUGAUCCCUCUCAAUCCUAAAACUAGGAGAAAAGAUGUCAAAAACCCCUUUUACCCCGUUACAGCAGAAUCAUAUGGAGCGUAUGCCAUCAUGAUUAUUUCAGUCAUCAUUUUCACUUCUGGUAUAAUUGGGAAUAUAGCAAUCAUGUGCAUUGUGUGCCACAACUACUACAUGAGAAGUAUCUCCAACUCCCUUCUUGCCAAUCUCGCUCUUUGGGAUUUUGUUGUCAUCUUUUUCUGCCUGCCUCUGGUGAUCUUCCAUGAACUCACAAACAAUUGGCUGUUGGGGGAGUUCUCUUGUAAAAUCAUCCCCUAUAUUGAGGUUGCCUCCCUUGGAGUCACCACCUUCACCCUGUGCGCUUUGUGUAUCGACCGCUUCCGUGCUGCCACCAACGUCCAGAUGUAUUACGAGAUGAUUGAGAACUGCGCCUCCACAGCCGCGAAGCUGGCCGUUAUCUGGAUUGGAGCCCUACUGUUGGCCCUGCCGGAGCUCCUGAUCCGCCAGCUGGUCACUGAGGAGGGCGAGCCUCCGAAUGUUACCCCUUGCCAGCGCUGCGUGGUUCGUAUAUCCACUGAGCUCCCUGAUACACUUUAUGUGCUCGGCCUAACCUACGACGGAGCCCGCCUUUGGUGGUACUUCGGCUGCUACUUCUGCCUGCCCACACUGUUCACCAUCGGCAGCUCCCUGGUGACUGCCCACAAGAUCCGGCAGGUGGAGCGGGCCAGUGUGCGCGGCAACAAGAAGCAGAUACAGCUGGAGAGCCAGAUGAACUGCACAGUUGUGGCGCUGGCCAUUCUCUACGGCUUCUGCAUCAUACCAGAGAACAUCUGCAACAUUGUCACCGUCUACAUGGCUGCAGCGGUGCCCAGGCGGACUCUUGACAUUCUCCACCUGGUCAGCCAGCUGCUGUUGUUCUGUAAGUCGGCGGUGACGCCCGUCCUGCUGUUCUGCCUGUGCCAGCCCUUCAGCCGCGCUUUCCUGAACUGCUGCUGCUGCUGCUGCGAGGAGUGUGGCCCGCCCAGGUCUUCUGCCACCGCCACCAUCAGCGAGGAGAACGAGCACGAAUGCACCACCACUGACCUGGAGCUGUCCCCCUUCAGCACCAUCCACAGAGAGGCGACCUCCUCGUAUACCACCGCGGGGACACACUGCUGAGUGGUCAAGACCUCCAUCAGAAGUUCCAAGGGCUCUGCGAAAGUUCCAGAAAGGGGACGGCUUACCCACUGGACCGUACCUACCGUAUAGUCAGUGUGCUUAAGGAACAAAUUGAAGGCUGAGUGGAGUAUCUACAGUGUUGUUUUUAGUCAGGGAAUAGCCUCAGUCUGGGCCUGGGAGAUCAUCCCUUAGACUUAGGAAAAGUACAUAGUUUCUUUACGUCAAUUUAGGAAUUGAAUUGAUAUUGAGGAUAUAGGGUAUGUCCCGUUCUUAACAUCCAAUGAAUUUCCUAAACAGAUUUCAUCAAAUAGACAUAAACUCUGGUGAAUAUUUGUGUCUUGGUUUACUUAUGGGCAAAAAGUGUAAAUGCUACACUGUCUGUCCAUUCUUUGUUUACAGGAACCAUACAGAAACAAAUGCGUGUGUAUUGUUCAGUUGAACAUCUUGAAUUCAUAGAAAUUUGUUUAUUAACUCACCAGUAUUUUCUCUUUUUGAAUUUGCACCCACGUCCUAACUGCAUCUUUUUUUUUAGUUUUCCAUUCCAUUCUUCAUCCAAGAGAUUUUGUGUCAAAUGGGAAGUAAUAUAUUGGAAAUAGCUGGUUGUAGUGUAUAGUUUUUUGCCUAUAAUGGUGAUUCUUGUGAAUCAGUCAAAGUUAUGCCUAGCUACCUUGCUAUGUAAGAAUAUUUUUCACUCUGUAAUUGAUAGCAGAUAACUGAAUGAUGCACUUCAGUCAGUCACUUAGUUACUGGAGUGGUGUUUUUUGUAGCUCCCUUGAAUAAAUAAGAACAAUGAAUUUGAAGGAGUCUUUGACGCUGAACAUGUAGAUUCUUUGAUACCUUAAUUUAAGGAAUAAAUAAUCCACUUAUUUUUUAGGGGGUAAUAUGCCCUCUAUCAGAACCAAAGAUCUAAUUGUACCUAAUCAUUUUGUCCUGGGAACUAAACAUGUGUGAUAAUCACUGGAUCAAGGAGAGUGGUUUCCUGAUGCUGGUUGUCCAGCUCUCAGAGAAGGGGAGCUGCUCAUCAGGCCACUGUGACAUCAUGUUUUUCCAUUCCCCAGAGUAUACAGCAGCCCUUGUUUCCCUACCAGUCCACAAGGAAAAUGCAGGAAUCUGCUUCUCAGCUGUCUCUGUGACGUCAUGAUUGGCCGAGUGGCAUGGAGUCUGGUUAGAUUUUAGGAUGUAUUAACAGAAGGCUUCCUGGUUUUGUACUUAUAAUUGUGAGAGAAAGUUUGUGAACCUCUUGGGAUUUCUUGUAUUUCUGGAUAGAAUUUAGGUAAAAUAAGUACUAAUAAAUCAAGUGAACCUUAUUUUACAAAAAAUACCAACACUUGAUUUUUUAUAAAGCAACAGAGCCGGCCUGUCCAUUAGGCAAUAUAGGCGGGCCCCCAAUCUUAUGUCAUUCUUAAUAAAUAUUUUAUUAAUAAUGUUACUAAAAGCUCGGGUGAGCACUUUUAGACGAAUCAUUGCGUGGACCUUACUAAACAUGAUACAGUUCACAAUGACGGUAGCUACAAAAAUACCCAGACCCACUAAAAGCAAUUAGACCCAACUGUUUCUUGGUUGGAAGUAAUGUGUGAACCUCUGGAUAAAUCAGGUGUAGAAAACUAAAUAUUGAGGUGCCAUUAAACCAAUAAUGCCAAGGGGUUCACAAACUUUCUUUCAGAACCAGCAUAUGGUGCAACUCUGGCAUUUCUAUGCAGAUGGAUUAUUGCAAUUGGUUGUUGGUGUUUUUCUUUUUUAUCAUAGCCUUUUUUUUUUAUAUAUAUAUUUGUACUGUUUCUGAGGCAUUUGGAAAGUGUUUCUUUCAAUGCAGUUUUCUUAAAUAAUGUUCUGAUUUCUGGAACAUGAUUUAAUUGACUGUCAAGCUUAAUACGUUUACAGUCAAGAAAGAUUUGUGCUGAAUAGAAAGGUAUAGAUUUACAAAAUCUUAUUUUAGGUAUAAGUGAAUUGUUUUUCUUUAACAUGACUUAAAUAACAUUUUAGGUAGAAGUGAAUUGUGUCUGUUUAACAAGAUUAUAUACUUUUAUAUUUUUGUUGUAUUAUUUCUUAUUCCUGACUUACCAAGAUAUUUCCAUCUGAAAAUACCGUAGUAGAAAAACAGCAUAAAGCAUGGCAACCAUAAAUGUCAGAAAGGUGUAUACAUUUAAUCUGUUGUACAUACUGUCAUGAAGAUUCCUUAAUCAUUUGUCAUUGUAAUGGAACAUAACAUCUUGUUCUUACAAAACUGUCCUUCCAACGUACUUAUUGGACGUUCUUUCAUUUUUCUAUCACUUUAUUCCAGAUAGUACUAUGCAUGGUGAUGCUUAAUGUUUUUCUUUUUACGGGAUGCAUAGUGACUGUUACCAUGAAGCUGUAGCAUAGGGAAUGUAACAAGAAUACUGUGAUUUUGACAGUUAGAAACUGUAUAUUGUUUGUAUUAAAUAUUAGCUACAGUAUCAUUUAUA